CAAAAAAUUUGCAAGCUAGCGCACGUUUCCUGCUUUCGCUUAAUUGCACUCGAACAGCGUUGUGUCAGUGUAUGUAUGCGUGCGUGCGUGCGUGUGUGCCUCUAUGCAUAUGACCGCGCCAAUGUGCGUAUGUGAACGCGCUACCGAUUGCAUUAAUUGCCAGCCACUUCAUUUACAUAUCUAUCAAUGAACAUAAAUAGGCGCAUUUGCAAAAUUCUACAUUUGAAUGUUCGCCAUUCCAGCACCAAUAUUACCAAGUGUAUUAUUUGCAUAAAAUCUGGAAAUUGUCUAAACAUUCAUAUCUAAAACAUUACAAAAAUUUCGCCCCCUUGCACCAUUGCCUUGCUCGCUUGGUCAUGUUGAUUGAACCGGGUAUAAAUCACAAGUUUGGAACAUUGGCCGCCGCAAAUUCGAGCAUACCAGCGCAUUGGAAAAUGGAACCACCAAGAAUACCAGCUUUAGCGGGUACGGGUGGUGCGCCCACUAUACCGCCACCGUGCAAUAUCGGCCUGCCGCCAUCUGUGCAAAUACCAGGCGCUUCAAUUUUCGGUGCUGGCGGUGCACCAUCGCCGACCACUUUGAAUGCGCUGAUGUCACAGCAACGUCUACUGGAGCUUUCACGUUUCGGCGGUCUACGCGGCUACGAUAUCGCUCAGCAUAUGUUGUCGCAGCAGGGUGCUGUCUCGAAGCUAUUGGGUUCACUGCGUCCACCUGGUCUAAUUGGUGGCUCCAAGCCAAAAGUUGCUACACCAACAGUUGUCUCAAAGAUCGAACAGUAUAAGCGCGAGAAUCCAACAAUAUUCGCAUGGGAAAUACGUGAACGGUUGAUAUCGGAAGCCGUUUGCACAAAUACCACUGCUCCGUCGGUAUCUUCCAUCAAUCGUAUACUGCGCAAUCGUGCCGCCGAGCGUGUGGCCAGUGAAUUUGCGCGCACCGCUGCCUAUAGCCUCUAUCCACCACAUCCUUAUGGCGGCUUCACUUGGCAUCCCUCGGCUGCGGCGGCAGCGGCAGCAGCGAACGCCCCAACAGCUGCACAUUUUUGGCCCACACAAGCCACAGGACCAACGCUUACUACGCUACCACCAUCCGGAGGUGGCGGCAGUGGUGGUGGGUGUGGUAGUAGUGCUGGCAGCGCUGCAGCUGGUGGUCUGCUAACAAGCAAUAAUCGUGCAAUAUCGCCCGGAUCAGGUAGUCGUGACACUCUAGAAUCGCCAGAUGAUAGUCGGCAUGUGGAUUCAGAUUACUUGGAUGAUGAUGAUGAGCCAAAAUUUCGCCGCAAUCGCACUACGUUUAGUCCGGAGCAAUUGGAAGAGCUGGAGAAGGAGUUCGAUAAGAGUCAUUAUCCUUGCGUGAGCACGCGCGAGCGCUUGUCUAGCCGGACGUCGUUGAGUGAGGCGCGAGUGCAAGUUUGGUUUUCCAACAGAAGGGCGAAGUGGCGCCGCCAUCAGCGCAUGAAUCUACUGAAGCAGCGCUCCAGCCCCUCCGGCCAUCCACACGUUCCGCAUUCACAGCCGUCGCCCGAAAGCAACAACAACAACAACAACAACAACAGCUACAGCAGCAACAACAACAACAGCCUCAAUCACAGUUACAGCCACAGCCAUGUAUCAUCAGCGACAAUGGGCGUGGCCGCUUCACCGACCUCCAGUUGUCACAGCAACAGCAACGCCUCUACCUGUGCGGCCAACGACCAACAAUCAGGGCAUCACCAUUACCCGCUUGGCGGCAGUCAAUUGUCGGCGACAGCAGCAAGUUCUCAAGGGAGCGAAUUGGAAUUUCGCCCGCUCGGACACCAUUUCACGCACCAUGCUGCUCAUCCGGCGAACAGUACUGCUGCGACAAUGUUGCUCAAUCACUACAGCCAACAACAGCAGCACCACCACCAACAACAACAGCAGCAGCAGCAGCAGAAGCAGCAACAAUUGGCCGCCAAGGCGCAUUAUACGGCGACAGGCGGUCAGCUGCAACACGCAGCGGCGGAGGUGAACAUAGAGACAGCAGCAGCUGCGGCGGCGGCGGCGGCGGCGGCACAACAACAGCAUCCGCAGCACUUAGCCGCCACGCUAGCGGCCAGUAUAGCGACAUCACAACAACAACAGCAGCAUCAGCAACAGCAACAACACAGCCCAUCGCCCACAGCAUCAGCGCCAUUAUCCAUGGGCGGUGAGCAUAGCGCCUUCCGCUCGCUAGUUGGUUCGCCCUCUGCGGCGGCAUUUGCGCACUUAGUGCGGCAAUAUGCAGUGGCUGCGACAUUAUCGGCAAAUGUCGCUAGCAUGGGUGGCGCGACGGAUGAACUCAAACAGCAGCAACAACAACAACAACAACAACAACAACAGCUGGUGACUGUGGAUGAUUCCUCCGAGGAUUCGGAAGAGGAGAUCAAUGUGCAUGACGAUUCUGAAGAUGAAGUGGAGGUAGUGCGGCGUACGACGCGCGGCAGUACUGUCGACCAAAAUGUUGGCUACAGUGGCAAUAAUAACAACAAUAAUGGCAAUAGCGCAAGUGCUGCUGACAACAACAAUCAAGGUAACGAAAUGUUAUCGCUAAGCGGCAAAGCGCCUCUACAGCUUACCAAGCAUGACCGUUGAGCGGCCGUUUUGAAACGCAUAGCGGCGAGUAGCAUUCUACAAAUUUAUGCAUAUGUAUGAGUGUACAUAAUCGCGUGAAGCAGGGCGUUACGCGCACGGAUUGCAUUUCAACUAAAUUUGACAAACCUGACUCGAGGCGCGCUUGUGAUUGACAUCGGUCCGUCCGUUACUUAGUUGUAGCUGGCGCAUGCGCAAUGCACAAAGCGUGAGCGUAACUACAUACUGGCCCCGUAUAUGUAAGUAUGCCGCGCCGCUAUGAACGUCUGUGUUUGAGACAAGUCGCCGCCGCCGCUGCUGUCGUUGUUUGGUGCGCUAGUCGUGUCCCGUCGCUUAAUUAUGAAAGAAACUUGAAACUUGGCGGGCAACGACAGAUACUUUGUACUUAGCGCUGCAAUGGUAAGCCAAACAAAACUAAAUAAAAUAAAAAACAACUAUUCAAAUGAGCUUGUUCGCUUAGCAAAAUUACUACAACAGCAACAAAAUAAAUACAUAAUUUUAAACCAAAGUAAUUAACAAAAUCGUAUAAUACUACAGUAGCGACAACGAGCGUGCGCUUGCUAUUUAACAUAAACAAGCAACAACAACAACUUUGAAAUACUACACAAAUUUGCGAUCGUUGUUAUUGUUGCACUCGCUGGCUGGGCAUAUGUUAAUGUACGAGUAUAUAUACAUAGAUGUACAUACAUAA